CUUCAUCUCCUUUCCCCUCCUUUUCCUCAACCUCCUAUCCAUCAACUGCUGUACAUUACAUAGUAGUCAACUUAUCAUCUUUCCUGGUCCGACUUUUUUCCUUGGACGACCGCCUUCUACCCCCCCUUCCUAACUCUUUCUGCCUUGUGGGAACUUUCCUCCUUUCCUCCUUUCCGUUCUUCUCCCCGACCAUCUCCGUCGUUUGUUUAUCCCACCACUUCUAUCACCACCGUCACCAUGGGUCAGCACUCCGCUAUCUGGCAAGGCUAUGUCGAUUCCAGCUUGAUGGGAUCCGGCCAAUUCGACAAGGCUGCCAUCCUCGCCUAUGACUUCUCCGAUGUUGAGGCUUCGUCCCCCGGCUUCACGAUCGCUCCCCAGGAGCUGACCGGUCUCGCCGCCAUCUUCAAGGACCCCAGCAGCGCCUUCGCCAAUGGUAUCAUCGUCGGAGGAGAGAAGUUCGUUACCAUCAAGGCUGACGAGCGCAGCGUGUACGGCAAGAAGGGCAAGGAGGGUAUCGUCAUCGUCAAGGCCAACUCCUGCGUCUUCGUCGCCCACCACGGCGAGGCCGUCCAGACCACCAACGCCGCCACCGUCGUCGAGAACCUCGCUGACUACAUCAACAACCCCCGGUAGAU